GGCCAACCUCCCUCUGCAGCCUCCCAGUGGCCUGGGCCAGCCACUGCCUGCCCUACCGAGUGACUGGUGCCCGCUGCCCUUGGCAGGAAAGGGGCCUGGUCUGUCCCCAGAACUUCCCUGCCAUCACCCGUGGACAAAUGACUGGAGAGCUAGGCCUUAGGGUGUCCGGAGGUGUUCUGCUGUCGAUCAGUGGAUUCAUGGGACUGUGUUGGACCCAAGUUUUGUAGCCUGCGGACGCCGCGGGCAUGGACUAUUCGUACGACGAGGACCUGGACGAGCUGUGCCCAGUGUGUGGGGACAAGGUGUCCGGCUACCACUACGGGCUGCUCACAUGCGAGAGCUGCAAGGGUUUCUUCAAGCGCACGGUGCAGAACAACAAGCACUACACGUGCACAGAGAGCCAGAGUUGCAAAAUCGACAAGACGCAGCGGAAGCGCUGUCCUUUCUGCCGCUUCCAGAAGUGCCUGACGGUGGGGAUGCGCCUGGAAGCUGUGCGAGCUGACCGCAUGAGGGGUGGCCGGAACAAGUUUGGGCCCAUGUACAAGCGGGACCGAGCCCUAAAGCAGCAGAAGAAGGCACAGAUCCGAGCUAAUGGCUUCAAGCUGGAGACCGGGCCCCCCAUGGGGGUGCCUCCUCCGCCCCCUCCCCCACCGGACUACAUGCUGCCCCCAGGUCUGCAUGUGCCGGAGCCCAAGGGCCUGGGCUCUGCUCCACCUGCGGGUACACUGGGCGACUUUGGAGCCCCAACAUUGCCCAUGGCUGUGCCUGGCACCCACGGGCCCUUGGCUGGCUACCUCUAUCCUUCUUUUCCCGGCCGAGCCAUCAAGUCUGAAUACCCGGAGCCCUACACCAGCCCCCCACAACCUGGGCCACCCUACGGCUACCCGGAGCCCUUCUCCGGGGGCCCAGGGGUGCCUGAGCUCAUCCUGCAGCUGCUGCAGCUGGAGCCUGACGAGGACCAGGUGCGAGCACGCAUAGUGGGGUGCCUGCAGGAACCCGCCAAGGGGCGCCCCGACCAGCCUGCGCCCUUCAGCCUCUUGUGUAGAAUGGCUGAUCAGACCUUCAUCUCCAUCGUGGACUGGGCACGCAGGUGCAUGGUCUUCAAGGAGCUGGAGGUGGCCGAUCAGAUGACACUGCUGCAGAACUGUUGGAGCGAGCUGCUGGUGUUCGACCAUAUCUACCGCCAGAUCCAGCACGGCAAGGAGGGCAGCAUCCUUCUGGUCACAGGACAAGAGGUGGAGCUCAGUACAGUGGCUGCCCAGGCUGGCUCCCUGCUGCACAGCCUGGUGUUACGGGCCCAGGAGCUGGUGCUGCAGCUCCACACACUGCAGCUGGACCGCCAGGAGUUUGUCUGCCUCAAGUUCCUCAUCCUCUUCAGCCUUGAUGUGAAGUUCCUGAACAACCACAGCCUGGUGAAGGAUGCUCAGGAGAAGGCCAAUGCUGCACUGCUUGACUACACCCUGUGCCACUACCCACACUGUGGGGACAAGUUCCAGCAGCUGCUGCUGUGCCUGGUGGAGGUGCGGGCGCUGAGCAUGCAGGCCAAGGAGUACCUGUACCACAAGCACCUGGGCAACGAGAUGCCCCGCAACAACUUGCUCAUCGAGAUGCUGCAAGCCAAGCAGACUUGAGCGGGGAGCAGGAGGGGGGCGGGGCUGGGGAGGGGCCCAGCCACCCCAGGAUUUCCAGAUGGUUUAUUUUAUUAUGCUGACCCAGGAGCCCCGCCCUAUAGGCUCCCACCCCCUGAAUUCUCUAAAGCCUGUGUUUGGGAGGUUGGUGGAGGGUGGUCCAGGCCUGACUGAGGUGGGGUGGCCCCUGCUAGACACUGGCACUUACCUGCCACUCAGAGUGCCCUGUGAGGGUGGUUCCUGGUCACCUCUCCCUCCCUUUGCUCCCAUCUGUCUAUCCUCAGGAAAAUCCGCAGAGGAGGUCUGGGACCCCUGGGGGGUGGGGUAGGCAGUGAUCUCCUUAUCCCCUAGGUCAGAAGUCAUCCCUCCCGCUUCUGGAAGCAGAGCAGAGAGAGGCUGGACAGGCCCCACUGGGGGUGGGGGGGGCACAGAGGGUCUCCAGAACCCCCUCACAGAGACUGGGGGAGGGAAACUCUACUUUGAAAUCUGGGGAUAACAGAGUUUGCAAAAUUGGGCAGGGACUGUUGUGCCCAGAGGACACUGGGAGACUGGUUAGGACAAAAUGCCUUCCUCUCUGGUCCUUCUCUCCACCUAGGUCCUGCAAGGGAGAACUUUGUCACCUAGACAGUGCUUAGUUGUACUGUCACCUCUAGCUGGCUCCUGGCUCCCUACUGAGGAGAGACCCCUCCAUUAAUGUACAUUUAUGCCCCUCCCUUGUCCACCAUCCAGGCUGGUAUUGAUCUGCAAGGCUGUAGUCCAGAGGCAUGCUUUGUUUUUAGUUUUCAGCCCCCUUAAAUACUCCUUGAGAGGUUUGUAUGGGGAGAGGGGUAGAGAACACAUUUGAAGACUGCCGCUGGGACUCAGGGGUUACACCAAGUAUGGCCUGUGGUCUCUCCCCAAGCACCCUGAUGCCAAGUAUCCCCUGGACAGUGCUGGGCCAUUAUUUCUAAAUCCCCACUUGAGUCCAGAGAAGAGCUACUGCUCACUCCCCUUCUUGUGAGAUGAACAGUGGAAAGUCCUGUGAGGGACCCAGAGUCUCUGUGGGUGGGAAUGCCGGCAAACUUGGGAUGGUGUCUCUGCCUCUAAAUAAGGGACAUCAGUGAUGUCCCUGCUCCACCCCAUAGUCCCCUGGUGGACUCAAUGCAAUGUCUCCUUGGAAGCUGAACCUCAACUCCUUGGCCUCCUGACUGUGUCUUGAAAGACAUCCUCCAGGGCCAGGCCCUAGAGAGAGGCGUGACUGGCCUCUGUCCCUGAGCUGGGCCACCGUGUGUUUUGCUUUCAUGUUGCCAAUGCCGCUUGCACUGAGCCUGCCCCAUUGGGGGUGACUGGGCUUCCCUGCCCCUCUUCCUCCUGCCACCCUGUCUCAGUCCCCACCCUGUCCACCUAAACAUGUGCCCCUUGCCAAGGCCAGAGACCCACAGCUCCCAAACAAGAAGUGCCCUUACAUAUGUCCCCAGCCCCAGCAGUCCUGAAAUAAAUUUUGCAAUUAGUUUCCA